AUGCCAGGAGACGAAGAGAACUUCACAAAAGUAGAUUGGAUCUACAAACUAAAAAUAGAAGAAUUAAUAACAUAUUUAAGCGAUCGGAAAGCUCCUACAGAAGGAACGGUGGAAGAACUAAAGACAAGACUGCUAAACAUAACCAAAACGAUAGAGGCAAGGGACCCAGAAAACUCCACUAAUAAAACGGCAACAAACACGAACAUUAACAACAAAAAAUGCAAACACAUAGAGAUAAUCAGAAAAUGUGGACUCAAUUACGACGGGUCCAGAGAUCCCAUAGACAUUCUGGAACAGAUAAAAGAACUCCAAACGGCGAACGAGAUACAGGACAGCCAAUUGCUACAAGUACUUUCCGAAACGUUGAAAGGCAAAGCAAUUCUAUGGUACCGGAACAAUAACAGAUACUGGGAUAUCUGGGACGAUUUCAUAAAAGAUUUUACAAAUUUCUUCACAACAUCCUACAAUGUUGAAAAGUCAUAUCCGGAAUCGUAUAAAAAAAAUUCAGUGAAAAUACAAGACUACGUGAUAGAAAUACAAACACUCGUCCGUAGGCACAAAAAUUUCGACUUCCAAGAGGUACUGAACAGGAUAUAUACCAAUAUGAGACCAGAAUACAAGUUAUACAUAAAAAGCCGAGACGUCUCGUCAGUCGGAGAAUUUAUCAAACAGGCCCCACAAAUAAUAUAA